AUGGCAGGCGGGGCGUUGGACUGGACGGGGGCCGGGUUGGUUCUCUCUGCCUUUGCGGUGUUUACGUUGAGUCUUUUCCUCUUUGUUUUCUACAAGGUGUCGAGGCCCUCGGCGCCCCACAAACCUCCCGGCGCUGACGUGCUGCUCCUCUCGCUCUCUCUUCUCCAGUCGCUCGUCUCUGUCGUCUUCUACUUUCUCAGCGACACGCACCUCCUCGUUCUGCUCACGCGCACAUUGAAAUGCUUCCAGUCGGCUCUCGUCUGUCGCUUCUUCCUCCUUCUCUCUUCUCGACCCUUCCUUCAUCGCCAGGCCUCCCACUCGCCGUCUCUCCCUUCUUCGCGUUCGUCGUCCCUUUCUUCCCGCUCGACUUUUCCUUCUCGUUCGUCUUCUCGCUCGGCUUCACUUUCAUCAACCCUUGCGUCGUCUCUUUCGUCUUUGCCUGCGUCUUCGUCUGCGCGCCGUCCGUGGGACCAUGACCCGUUGCCAGCCUCCCCUCGAUUCCCCAGUGGACAUGCGGCUGUCGCUCACGACUCCGCGCCCGGCGGUCCUUCUGCUCUCCGUUUUCCCGCCCGCGCUUCCAGCCCGGCUUCACCCGCGUUUCCUGGCGCGCACCUGCAAGGCGACACCCCGCCUCUCUGGUCUGCGGUGGAAGACGCGCAGAGGCUCGCGACGCUCCAGAGCGCCCGCGGUGAGCCGUCGCUGCGAUUCAUCGGCGGGCGGUAUCUCCCGGUCUCUCCCGCGGAGGCGUCGCCAGUGCGUGGACAGCUGCGGCCGCUCCGGGCACCUUUUUGCGCGUUUGCAAACGCGCCGCAGCCUGCCCUGCCCGAGCGAAGAGGCGUCUUGAGCCGAGUCGCUUCCUUCUUCUCCAACCUUCGAGCGGAGUCCGCGGAGCUGUGCAAACUCGCGAGGGGCGCGACAGACGCACCCGUCUCCUCCUCCUCGCCCUUGCCGGCUCGCCUCGUGCCUGACCCGUCUGACGCGGGAGACCCUCGGGGCGUCCACUGCCCCACCGCGAGGAAGGUGUUCGCGCCGGUGCGUCUGCUGAAAACCGUCUCUUGCCUCCUUCUUCUCCUCCCUUUCGCCUGCUUCUUCGCCGCCCUUCCCCUCCUGUCGAAGGUGAAACACGCAUGCGCCGACCGUGCCUGGAUCCUCAUAUCCGGCCUCUGGACCUUCGUCGCCGGCGUCUCCGCAGUCGCUGGAGUUGGGGUGUACAGACACCUGGACCCACGCAGGGAAGCAGCUACCCAGAGUGGACGCGAGAGGCAAGCAGAAGCACCCGCGCCGAGAGAAGAAGGGCGAACGCCUCCCACUCGUCAGUUGGAAGAAUCAGAUGAAAAUGGUGGGGGGUGCGAUCGAAGACGGAAAAGCCGAGGCCGGUACGUGCCGCUGCAGGCCGCGAGGAAUUGGAAGUCGCAGGGGAGCAGAGAUGCGUUGCUGGAGACGAGGCAAGCGACGGCCGAAGGCGCUGCCAGUGAAGAGGAACAAGCCGAGACAAGGAACGGAGCGCGCAGAACCAGUCGCGACAUCGACGAGGGGCGAAGGUCGGGGCUCUUUGCACACGCAGGCACGCAUGCAGCGGCGAGGGCAGAAUCUGAGCUGUGCAUCCUAGGAGGCGCGAGCGGAGACGCCUUCGCAGAAGUGUCUUCGCGCUCGGGGACUCGCUCGCGAGAAAGCGUUGACGGCGAGGAAGAUGAAGAAGGAGUCCCUGAGGGAUGCCGCGAAAAAGCUACAAAAGGAAACACGCAGCAAAUGCCAGACGGGAAUAUCUCGUGCACGAACGCAUCCAGGUUCCACCAAAGCGCAACUGCAGCGGAGGUGUAUGGUCAGUCCAUCUUCAACGAUGACUUCGAUGAGACGUGUCAAUUCCCUGACUUCGUUGACGCCUGCGACGACGAUUUCGUUAUCGAACUCGGCGGCAAUCUCAACUCCGGCUUUCGGUUUCCUCGCCUCGAGACCGAACCUUCCCGGGUCUCCCCAGACGGCGUGCCAGCUGCUGAAGAUGGCGACGGGGUCACCUACGUGCCUCACUGGUGCAUUUUCUACGUCUGCUAUUGGGUCGAGCGCGCCAUGUAUAAACCGAUUUGCCGCCAGUGGGACGUGACGCUUUCCGAGGCUUCCUUCCUCGGAGCUGCGCGAAGUUCUCGGCUGCAUGCAAGCGCCGAAGAAAUCAAAUCUCGCAGCGUCUCCAGAGUGACACAGCCGACCGCCAGUUCCGCCACGCGUGGCGGAGUCGCCGGGCGAGGAGUGGAGGCCUCACGCUCUGCGCUGCUCGCUCCCACCAGUGAGGCGGUUCUGGUCGACGCCCGCCACCCAGCUGUUUGCGUGAUGAUGCGUUAG